GUCACACAAACUCCACCACAACACGUCACAUAACGGGACAAAGUGCGGCUGUGAUCCGGCUCUCGUCUGCCUUUUUUGACAACCAUGUCCUGUGGCUUCAUUUUUCCAGAGGAUGAAGGCAAUUAAACAAAGAACUUUGAAAUAUUUGCUAUGCAUUAAACAGAGGAACUCAAACGCGAGGUUUCUUCAGGUCUCCCUCAGCGUUUCUCUCUCACAGGAAACACGCCAUUUACGUCUCAAGUUGGAUUUUUGCGGAUCUGUUUUUAUUUAAGCGUCGAUUAAAAUUGCAUAUCUGACAACCCUGCUAUUUGCAAACUGUUAAGAGGCAAGUGUAAACAAACAAUUCAUAUAUCCGAAGGAAAGUGAACGCGUUCGGUUCAUGCGCAAAUGCGCUUGGAGAAUGACGCGCGGCGUUUGGAGUUUAACUGACCGCAACUAGUUUUGUGGAUUAACCGGCUUUAAACCAUCAUGAUGUUCGCAGGAAUGAUAAGGGUGGAAAACAACUCAAAAACACACAAAACUGACACCGACUCCACGUGUCACCGGUGCGCUGUGAGGACAGGUGGUGCGAGUCCGACGGCGGCAGCGGGAAGCCAUCGGAGGAGGAGUUUCAGACGGCCGGGAUACAUGCGCUCGGAUCCGCUUAACCAGUCAUGUGACUUUGAUCGAGAGCGUUCCAAAACUCCAGUUUCUGUCACGCCUACUAAUGAGAACACUCAGAAGAGCGCUUCAAAAAUACCCAGCAGCCCUAGUGAGCGAUGGCUUCAGGAUGUUUUCGAGAGAAACGACGAUCGGGAUUCUUCCAAAACUCAGCGUUUGCGUGACGAGGAGGAAAAUUCCUCAAUGCCUUCUUGUGAUGUUUUCAAUUCAAGCUUCAGUUUCAUUCAGCAGUCGCUAGAAACUAGUGAUCUAAGUAGUGAUGUGAGUAGGCGAUCUGAAUGGGACCAAAAGUCUGAAACAUCAAACACAGGAACUUUAAACCCUCACCUGAGCCAAUCAGAGAUCAGCACUGUUCCAAACAGCGAAUCAGAACAUGAGGUUUUCUCAUUAAGCAAUUCGCCUUGUGCGAUUGGUCGCUCGGUGCAACAAAAAGGGCUGUUAUUGGACCGAGAGCUUUGGCUAGCGGAUCUGGACGUACCCUGGCGUUGUAACAGACAGAUGUCGUCCUCCAUGACGUCUUAUGUGAAAGAAAGCAUCCAGGACUCAGACUCUGGCUCUUUGGACACCGAAGUCACGUCUUCGCUCUCGAUUGACUCGUCAGAUUCGACCUCGGCAUCGUCGGUCACGUCCGGCUAUGACAGCACGACCCCAUCAUCAGAUCAGAGUCGGGACGGCUUGAUAAAGAAGUACGAGGAUGUUCUGCAAGACUGUCUUCAGAACAAUCGCACAAACACAAAGAUCGAGUCCAUAAUGAUGAAGCUUCAGAGAUUACAGCACAAAGCAGUUCUGGAUGACGACUAUGACACAGCGGAGCGUUUCGGUAAGAAGCUAGAGGAAUUGAGGAGAGAGCGAGCGACACUUAAGCCUGGUUUACCGUCCAGACAUCCGGAGGUCGCUGGAUUUCUAGAGCGUCUCAGGACGGCCGUUCACAGCGUCAUUCACAGGACACACGCGCAAUGCAGGCAAAAUGGUGAAUCGAGUGACGAUCGGGGAUCAGGCAGCUCUCAGAGUCGAGCUCGAACACGAGAGAAGCUGUUAGAAGAAAAACAGAGGAUUCAGAAGGAGAUGUGUGAUCUUCAGCGGAGGCUGGAGGAGCUGCAGGAGCAGAGCAGAGCUGUGGAGGAGCAGCUGGAGAUGGAGGAGCUGGAGGAGCCCGUCCUGAGAGCCUGCGAUUCGGCUCAGCUGCGGCUGAUGGGUCGAGCGCUGGAGGACAUGAUCGGCUCCGAACAUCGGGCCCAGAUCAGCGUGUCUCCACCUGCAGACAUCAUCAGACUUCAGGAGCAAGAGCGAGCGCUGAGUUUAUCCAUCAAAGAGGCGACGGCUAAAGUGGUGAUGAGUCAAAGACUGGGCUCUAGUUUGCGACGGAAGGUCAGCGAGAGUGAAACGCAGCUGCUGGCCCUUCACGAGGCGAAGCUCGCGGCCAUUUCAGGAAACGACUUCAGCAGCGCGAAGGAACUGAAGGCAGAAAUCAGGAACGCGUACGGCGAGAGAGAUCGUCUGGAGGGGCUGGAGAGGAAGCUGCAGGCGCUGAGCACAGGAAGUGGACGGGAUCUGAGUCGCAUGAAGGAGCAACACAACCAGAUCAAACUGGAGCUGCAGGAGAGAGAAGCCCAGUACGAGCACAGUUUAAAGGAACACACUGUGAAGUAUAUUGAGCUUCUGGAGGACAGACUUCACAGCUGUGGAAGUCCAGCACUUGAACACAUUUGGGAGGCUGAUAUGGAGGCUUGUCAUCUCCUCCUGAAAGGCCUCGAUCAGCGCACAUCCAGCAUCUCCGAAACGGAGGAUCUGCCCUCCAUCCCUGGAUCGGGUUCAGAUGUCCUGCCAUUCACUAAAGAGGAAGCGGACUGCGCCAUGUUGACCGCUCUAGGGGGGCGCUGGUGUCCUGAGGCUGACCUCCAACACUCGGAGUUCACUAAGAAAUUAGAGGAGUUUCUCUUCUGUUUGGAGGACUCGUCUCCUGAGGAUCUGUGCGGAGAGACGACAGAGCUGACGGAGCGCUGCGAACUCAUCAGUGAGCGACUGCAUUACCUAGAAGAGCAGCUUCAGACUGCCAUAGACCAGCACGACAAGGACCUCACUCUAUCCUUAGAGAAGGAGGUUCAGGAAGUAAAGGCUGAUCUUCAAGCAAUGCUGUCACAGCUGAAGGAGGAGGAGGACGAGGAGAAGGAAGAGGAGGAAGAGAAGUACAGUGAUGUAGAAGAAGAAGAAGUUGAAGAUGAAGAGCUAGAAGAGGAGCAUUACUUCAGUGACAGCUGGGAGAUCUGAACAAGACUCAGUUUUCAUACUGUCAUCUUGCACUGAGCUCUAGCACUUAAAGGGAGGAGUUGAUCUUUUUCUAGUUUUCUAGUCAUUUACUCACCCACAUAGAAUUUCAAAAGCACUUGCUAUAUGUUUACACUCUGCUGCGUUUUAGUAUUUUUACAGUACAAACCACUAUCCACUUUUACUGAAAAGCAAAAUCUUGAACAUUUCAGUCAUUUUUGUUUCAUGCAAGUGAGAAAAUAGUGUUUGGAAUGACAUGUGGGUGAAUAAAUGAUGACAGAAAUAAUUUUUCGGUGAAUUAUUUAAUGAUUAGGACCACUAACCAUGUGCAUCUCGUCAGGAGUUGCCUUAAAAUACAAAAUAUAGCUUGUUUCAGUGUCGCCAACCACUAUUUUAUUCUUAUUAUAAUCAGUUGGUGUUUAUUUAUUUAACUUACUAUACUUUGCAGCUUUGGCAUCACAUUGCAGAGGGCUGAUUUCAGGAUAUUUAAGCAGCAUGGCAACCUAUUUAUUUAUUUAAAUUGCUUUGAUAUAUCAUUAUUUCCUGAAAAAAAGAAAAAGAAAAAAAAAACAUGCAUAAGAAUCUGUUUGGGACCAAACUUUUCUUUUUAUAGAUGUAAAGAACAAUAAACACCAAAAUCCUAAAU